AAACUCCCACGUGGAGAUUUCCUUUGCACCCGUUUUCCUCCGCUGACACGGAUCUUUUACGUGCGUAAAGCUGUGCGUAAUUUGUGCGUAAAGUUGCAGCUCUCAUACGUUGCUCUGCAAAAUGAAGAUAUCACUGCAUUAUUUAUGAUCCUUACAACUUUUAUAGUGACAAUAUGCAUACGGUUGCGAGGCAGUCUGUUUUGUAAUCGCGUGAUCAAAGUGGGGAAAUUGCUAUUUCAUAGCCGCACAGCCUUUGUUCGCUUCGACAAAAAGAAAGGCGACUGUAUAUCUGGAUCAACUUUUUAGGAGUUUUAUUGUACAAUAACCUUUGCAUAACAACUAUUUUUCUCCACCGUUGCCCGAGGCACUGCGCAUGCGCGCUGACGACUCGCUGUCACUAAGACAUUUUUCUUCACGUUGGAAACUGUCACUGGUGACGUCAAUCAGAGAGCUCUGACCAAUUAGAGCGCAGGGUGAUUGUUUAGCUCCACGGGCUGCAGCGCCUACCAUGAAUCUCUAUUCAGUAUCAAAGCGUCCUGCUGCUGCCUCUCAACCGAAUGGGAUUCCAUGUAGUCUGCAGAUAGACUUAACUUUAUAAAGUUUUUUUUUCUUUAUUUUUCAUUGCGAUUAAAAUAUAUUUGUCAUCAUCAUUAUUAUUUUGCCUGCUGUCAAGUUAUUCUAAAAUUAGGAAGUAAUGAGCGUGGAUGCAUUGGGAAGCCCCGUGAUGGACCCUACGUUUUCCAAACGGAACACGGCGCUGAGAUUAGUUGACUUGGCAGGGGCUCACCACCAUCACCAUCAUCACCACCAUACCCCUCAGAGCGUGACAGGCUUCCCGGGGUUCAGCAGCCAUCCACACUCAAUGGCUCACUCGCACCCUGGGGAGAUUACUGCGGAACCCCGCCUGGGGCCGAGUCCAUUCGGGCCAGAACACAUGGGGCACUCCGCGGCCCUCAAAAUCAGCCCAGCCCAUCAUUAUCCCCACCACCAUCACCACCACCACCACAAUCAUCAUAUGGCAGGCCACAGUGAAGUGGUCUCCAGUCAAACGGGAGCUUUUGGCCCGGUUCAGGCGACAUCGGUUCCCUAUUCUAUGUCUCACACCGCCCAGGCUUUAUCCGCAGGUAGGGAUUUCCUCAUCCGGAGAGAUCUGACAGCUCAAGCCAUGCCAGUACUGUCCGACCAGACUGCUGGUUCAGCCUCUCACCACGGAAUGUUUGUCUCAACAACAGGUAGCUAUCCCGGACACUAUGGUCAUCACCCCGACGCUGGGAACCAUACCCUCUUCUCCGGACUCCACCACGAGCAGCCUUCUAGCGGAUCACCGGGUGGCCAAGCGUUGAAUGGACAAAUAAGGUUAGGACUACCUGGAGAAAUGUAUGUUAGGUCUGAUCACUUGAGUCAAGUGGCAAACUCCAGGGCUGAUCCGUUCUCCGCCUCGCCUUUGCAUGGCUACGGUGGGCUGAAUCUAAACAUGAAUCUGAGCGCUCACCACCACCACCACCACCACCACGGAGCCGGUGCUUUUUUCCGCUACAUGAGGCAGCCGAUAAAGCAAGAGCUGAUCUGCAAGUGGCUGGAGCCGGAGCAUUCGCCGAAGAAACUUUGCUCCAAAACUUACAGCACCAUGCACGAACUCGUAACGCAUGUGACCGUGGAGCACGUCGGAGGACCAGAGCAAGCGAACCAUAUAUGUUUUUGGGAAGAGUGUCCGAGGGAAGGCAAACCGUUCAAAGCAAAGUACAAACUUGUAAAUCACAUUCGUGUGCACACCGGGGAGAAACCGUUUCCGUGUCCGUUCCCUGGUUGUGGGAAAGUCUUUGCAAGAUCCGAGAAUCUCAAGAUUCACAAAAGGACGCACACAGGUGAGAAGCCCUUCAAAUGUGAAUUUGACGGCUGUGACAGACGCUUCGCCAACAGUAGCGACCGGAAAAAGCACUCUCACGUCCACACCAGCGAUAAGCCAUACAACUGCAAAGUGAGAGGCUGCGAUAAGUCGUACACGCACCCCAGCUCCCUGAGGAAACACAUGAAGGUGCACUGCAAGUCCCCUCCGCCCAGUUCAGGCUACGAGUCCUCGACACCCUCACUGGUGUCCCCCUCCUCAGACUUGGGCCGUGAGCCAGGGGGCUCGUCGGUGCUGUCGGAGCCGGUGGGAGCCUCCCAGCCCGCGAAUUUAAGUGAAUGGUACGUGUGCCACAGUUCAGGUGCCAGCGGUGCCCAGACACCACCCAGCGGGCACUCCACACCCGACCCCGCAGAUGAGCCACCUUACAGAAACCCAGAGCACAGAGACGCGUUUUAACCCGGCUAAUCUGAAACGAGGUGCCAGAAGUGACACAUUUUCAAAAGCUGAACUAUUAAAAAUGGUUUGGCUUCGGUGCCUAUAGCCUGCGAAGGCCCACUGGUCCCCCCCUUUCUGGACGAGCCAACAAACAAGAGCCAAGAGACGCAUUUAACCACAUUGGAGGGAAAACGAGCUAACCUUAAAGUCGUGCUAAUUUAAUGGCACUAUAAAAGAAUAUAUUUUCAAAUCUCACUUAUUCAAAAAGAAGAAGAAGAAGAAGAAGAGGGAAAAUGUUUGGCUCAGUGCCUAAACGUCCUGACGGCCCACUUGUGGAGAGAGUCGUGUAAAUCUGUUAGACAACGUGGUACAUUAUUGUAGGCUAGGCAUGUUGGUGUAAAAUGAUUUUGUAAAUUCGAGUUUUGACUUAAAUAUGUUUUUAUUUAUUUUUCAACCGGACAUUGAAGGAUUUUGUAUCAUGGAACCAAAGUGCAUGUUUCAAUUAGUGUACAUCAAAGUGUACAUUUGUAAAUUUUUUUACGUUUCGAUGUGUUGAUGUUGAUGUUUUUUCUGUUCUUUUUCUUUUUUUUAUUUUUUGUAAGGACUUGUCUGAGAGCAGCUUCUUGCUGAAAACUGCAGUUAUUUGUACAAACGUUUUAUGUUUACAACGUCUCUUCUUUCCUCCCCAAUUGUGCAGAGGGUCAACAAAUCAGCUGUUUCAUAAGCCUACAGUAUUUGAUAUACGACCGUGAAAUUAUAAAUGUUUUAUCAAAUUGGGCAUUUUGUGAUUUUUUUGUAUCAUUGUCGUCAAUAUAUUUUUCUUUAUUUUUCUUUUUGGAUAUUUGAAAUCGAACGGCACUCAAAACGCGUACCGAAUUGCCUUGUACUUUGUGAGUAUUUUGAAUAAAUCUUGUAUGAACAAAA